AUGGCCAAACUGAGCCAGCGCCCGACCUGUUUCCACGAGCUUAGGACGCGUCUCCUGAAGCGGUUCGGCCGAACCGCACUGAUCUUCAUUCUGAUCCCAGGCUCGGUAGCGAUUGUCAUGGAAACGUUCAAUGUGCGCGUCGGCGGCGGAAGGCCUUCCGUAGAUGCUGCGCGCAAUUCGCUCAUUACGUCGCCGUUGCUUCUCGAAGAACCCAUCCGACUGGCCUCGAUAUUGGAACACUCACACUAUCAUAGGUCGGUUCCAUGCCUGACCAAGAUCGUGGGGACGGUAGGCGGUAACUCGAAGACCGUGGAGCAACUCUCGGCUCUUCUCGAAGCUGGCAUGACAGCUGCACGGUUUGACUUCUCUGUCAACGACCAGGAGAACCACCAGGAGACGUACGAGAACCUGCGGGCUGCCAUGAAGAAAACCCACCGCAUGUGCGCGGUUGUGUACGACACGCAUGGACCUGAGAUCACCAUAUUCAACAGCAGCAGUGCUACAGUGACGAUGACAGCAGGCAGCACGGUGGUGCUCUCGGGGGACAAGGACCAACCUGUCACUGCCCAUGCGCUGCCCCUUGCCUGCCCCCAACUCGCCAAGGCAGUGAAGCCAGGGGAUGAGGUGUUUGUGGGUCGCUACCUCUUCACUGGUAGCGAGACCACGUCCGUGUGGCUCAAGGUGGAGGAGGUGAAGGGGGAUGACAUAGUGUGCACGGUGACCAACACAGCAGAGCUGCAAGGAGACUUCUUCACCGUGCAUGCUGCUCAGGUGGACACGGACAUGCCUAUUCUCUCCAAGGUGGAUGAGCGCCACCUGUCCACGUGGGGAGUGAACUGCUUGCCGCACGUCAUCUUCCUCUCUUUCACUCGCAACGCAGAGGACGUCAGAUACGCUCGCAAGUACCUCGCCCAACUGGGCAAGCUCUCGCAGGCCUUCAUCUUUGCCAAGAUUGAGAGCAUUCAGGGGUUGAGGAAGAUCGACGAGAUUCUGGCAGAGGCUGACGGGCUGGUGCUGGGCCGAGGCGACCUUGGAAUCGACCUGCCUGCAGAAAAGGUGUUUCUGAUGCAGAAGGUGGCGAUCUACAAGGCCAACAUGGCGGGCAAGCCAUGUGUCAUCUCACGAGUGGUCGACACGAUGACAGACACGCCCCGCCCCACUCGUGCCGAAGCCACCGACGUCGCCAAUGCUGUGCUGGACGGUGUGGACGCCAUUAUGCUGGGAGCUGAGACGCUCAGAGGGCUGUAUCCUACUGAGACAGUGUCAACCGUGCGCCUCAUCUGUGCCGAGGCGGAGAAGGCGUACAACCAGGAGCUCUACUUCAAGAAGGCCGUCAAGGAAGCUACUGACACCAUGAGCGAGCUCGAAGCCAUGGCCUCAUCCGCGGUGAAAACAGCAGAGAAGGUGCAUGCAGCAGCGAUUGUGGUGUUCACCUCCUCUGGAAGAAUGGCCAGGCUCGUGGCCAAGUACAAGCCAACCAUGCCCGUGCUCACGCUCGUCAUUCCACGCCUCUACGUUGAUAAGCUCAGAUGGACGGUGCAGGGUGAAUUCCCGGCUCACAUGUGUUGUCUUAUGCGGGGUCUCAUCCCCAUGAUGGCUACACCCAAAACCCUGGAGCAAAGCGAUGUGUCCACAAACGAGACAGUUCUGAAGGAGGCCAUUCUUCAGGGCCAGCGCAUCGGAGUGCUGCGGAAGCAUGACAGGGUGGUGGUGGUGCAGAAACUGGGCGACUCCGUUGUGGUUCGACCCAUGAAUUCGCUCUGCCAUGAUACCGUCCUGCGUGAAAGGCGCGGGGGAACGAGGUGGCGCGCAGCGCCCGGGUGGCGCGCGGGAUUUAAGUGGCGCGCAAAAACCGAUUGGCGCGCAGCACGCAUUCUGAGCUGCCUUCUGCUGGCUGCUUGCCACGUGGCGACCCUCGUUACUGUCACUCUAGCAGCAGGAUCAGAUAUAGUGGACAACACAGGGCCGCUGCUGGGCCGAGUGGGUCAGCUGCAGCAGCUGCUGCACCACCAGCUGCUUCCCUCCGCCUCCCAUGCCUCCACCCACCCACUACCCUCCAACCCACACGGCCGAAACUACGUCCUCCUCCCUGAGGGUUUGGAUCAGCUGGUUCUCUCUGAGGGUUCGAAUCAGCUAGGGCGUUUGGCGGCAGGCGGAUUGGGGGGGGCUGGUGGUGGGGGGGAGAGGGGGAGAGAAGAGGAGCGGAGUGCGGGGAUGGUGGACCAUGGGGGCAUUGUGCCGGAAGGGGUUGUGCCUGAUGCGCUAGAUAAGCACAUUCCCAUGUCUAUUCGAAUGAGUCCUGAGCGCCUGCAGCUGCCGCUGGAGGCACUCCCACGUGCCAUCGACACCAGCGAGCAGAAGAACGUCAUGCUGGCGUUUCGCGAGCGGUUCGACAAGUUCGGCGAUCUGAUUCGUUGCCACGGCCCUGCCUGUCCUGACUUCGCCCCCUGCGGCUCUGCCUACCCCAACGUGCAUGCAUGCUGGAACCCCCUCCUUGACGCACCUGUGCUUGUGCCUGCGCGCGCGCCCCUCAACUGCCCAAAGAAGUUCCCUCUCAAGAAGCCGCGGUUUGCGUGGCAGAACCACGACAAGACGUGCUCGCAUCCGAGGGACUUCAACCCCCGAGAGCCUUCUGCUAUGCAGGUGUUUCGCCUGCAUGGCGUCAUGGUGACCCACAAGGGCUUUGCGUUCAACGCCACCCACCGCUUCGUGCACCAGGGCUGCAAGCGAUUCAACCCGUUCUCAUACCCUCCGGGCCAGAAGGUGCAUCGGAUAAAGCUGGCCUUCGACUGGGGCUACACGCAGGGCAACAACUUCUACCACUUCCUAGUCGAGGCCAUCCCCUCCUUCUUUGUCGCUGCUGCGGCGCUGCCCAACCUCAGAGACGUCCCCAUUAUCGCUGAACGCUUUCAGUGGGAUCUGUACGACAGCAUAGGGCGCAUCUUCAUAGGGGUGAAUCGGACGGACAUGAGAGCCCUGCCUGCAACGGAAGGGGACCUCUUUCACGUUGACACUCUCUAUCUGCCGAUGCUCCAGGAGUGUGGGGCGCCCAACAAGGCUCUGUGGAUGGAGCUGCGGCGGCACCAUCUGCUGCAUCCGCAGGGCCUGCCUCUCUUCCGCCCCGACUUCUCCUACCACUACCGCCCAGCGCUCUCCUACCAGCAACUCACCCACCUGCCCCCCGACUGGCUGGUGGUGCUGGCACAGCGUCCCUCAGGGAAGCGCUCCUUCACUAACUCGGAGGAGGUCAAAGAGGCGGUGCUGGCCGCCUUUCCGCCGGAAAGGGUUGUUGUGUUUGACGGGUCGCUGCAGCUCAUGCAAGCACGUGCUUUGUUCCGCCGGACUCGGCUCUUUGUGGGCGGCCACGGGGCAGCGUUAUCCAACCUCAUCUUCAUGCCCGUCAGAUCCCACCUCUUGGAGAUUCGCCCCGACAAAUGCCCCAAUCGCUGUUACAACAGCCUCUCGUAUGCGUGCUCCAUAAAGUACUAUUUGUUGUUUAGCAAUGGGACGUGUGACACCACUGUAGUUGCAGACGUUCCUAGGCUACAAAGGACGCUUAAUUCCAUUGCCAGGAAUCUCAAAAAGGAGGAUGUGGCUCUUGGACGAGCUUGGGAGCUUGCUUGA